AUGGCUGAUAAUGCAGAACACAAACCAGAGGAAACUCAUGAAGUUACCGAUGCAACGAUAAAUAAUGAAGCUUCCAAAAAAAAGGAAACUAAACAGGAAGAAGAAUUAUCCGAAGAAGAUCAGAAGUUAAAGGAUGAUCUUGAAUUACUUGUUCAACGUUUAAAGGAGGAUGAUUCCAAUUUAUUCCUACCAUCAUUGAACCAACUGAAAGAAUUUAUAAAGAAUUCCACCAGUUCAAUGACCGCUGUUCCAAAACCAUUGAAAUUCUUACGUACCUCCUACCCCGACUUAUGUGCAGUUUAUGACAAAUGGACUGAUAAGGAGAUGAGAUCAUCGUUAGCCGAUGUUUUAUCAGUCUUAGCAAUGACUUAUUCCGAUAAUGGCGAGUAUGAUUCCCUAAGAUUUAGAUUACUUUCCGAUUCUUCUCAUAUUGAAAGUUGGGGCCAUGAAUACGUACGUCAUUUGGCUUUGGAAAUCGGUGAAGUGUUUAACAUUAAAGCAGAGACAGAAGAUAUGGAAGGUUCCGCCACUUACGAAUUAGACAACGCAUCGGCUGAGAAAUCCCCAUCAACACCUCAAAACGCUACUUCAGUUCAUUUGAAAUUUGAAUGUACCAAAGAUGAACUCCUAAAUCUGGCAUUGGAUAUCGUCCCAUAUUUCUUGAAACAUAACGGUGAAGAAGAUGCCGUGGAUUUACUAUCUGAAAUUGAAUCGAUUGAGAAAUUACCACAAUUUAUAGACGAGAACACAUAUCAAAGAGUUUGCCAAUAUAUGGUUACAUGUGUCCCCUUAUUACCACCACCAGAAGAUAUUCAUUUCCUAAAGACCGCAUUUGCAAUUUAUUUGUCAGAGUCUGAAUUGACCGAAGCACUAUCGUUAGCUAUCAGAUUGGGUGAUGAUGAGUUAAUUAGAUCUGUCUUUGAUGCUACCUCGGACCCUGUUCUUCAUAAACAAUUGGCAUAUAUAUUAUCUUCUCAAAAGAUAGCAUUCGAAUAUGAAGGUAUGCAAGAUAUCAUAGGCAAUACUAAGUUAUCCGAACAUUUCUUAUAUCUUGCUAAAGAACUAAAUUUAACUGUCCCAAAGGUCCCUGAAGAUAUCUAUAAAAGCCAUUUAGAUAAUUCGAAAUCUGUUUUCUCAAGUGCUGGUUUAGACUCUGCUCAACAAAAUCUGGCAUCUUCUUUUGUUAAUGGAUUUUUAAAUUUAGGUUAUUGUAAUGACAAAGUGAUUGUAGAUAAUGAUAGCUGGGUGUAUAAAACUAAAGAUGAUGGUAUGACGUCAGCAGUGGCAAGUAUUGGAUCCAUUUUCCAAUGGAACCUGGAUGGGUUACAACAGCUAGAUAAAUAUCUAUAUGUGGAAGAAAAUGAAAUUAAGGCCGGUGCAUUACUAGGUAUUGGUAUUUCUGCAUGUGGUGUACAUGACAGUGAAGUUGAACCCGCACUGUUAUUAUUACAAGAGUAUGUUACUAAUGGGAACUCUAAAAUCAGUUCAGCAGCAAUUUUAGGUCUUGGUAUUGCAUUUGCUGGAAGUAAGAAUGAAGAAGUAUUAGGUCUCCUCUUACCCAUCGCAGCAGAUACGACAACUUCUAUCGAAACAGCAACUAUGGCUUGUCUGGCAUUGGCUCAUAUAUUUGUUGGUACAUGUAAUGGAGACGUUACUACUGCCAUUGUCGAUAACUUUCUAGAAAGAAGUGAUAUUGAAUUAAAGACAGAGUGGGUCAGAUUCUUGGCAUUAUCACUUGGUUUGUUAUACUUAGGUCAAGGUGAACAAGUUGAUGAUGUUUUAGAAACUAUUACUGCUAUUGAAGAGCAUCCAAUGACCGCAGCCAUUGAGGUUCUUGUUAUCUCCUGUGCCUACACCGGCACUGGUGAUGUCUUAUUAAUCCAAGAUCUCUUGCAUCGUUUAACACCAAAAGCUACCAAGAAGGGAGAGGAAGAUGAAGAAGAAGAAAACGAAGAAGGUCUUACAAAUAGUAUAAGUGAUUUCUUAGGCGAAAAGGUCUCUGAAGAAAAGGAAGAAGGUGAAUUGUCUAACCAAGAAAGCGAAGAUGAGAUGGAAGUAGAUGCUGGAGAUCAUGAAGAUCAAAAGAAUACCGAAGUAAAACCAACGGAUACUGAAGAAAAAUCCGAGGCUUCGGAGAGUAAAGCAACGGAUGAGAAGAAGGAGGAUGAUAAGGAUAAGGAAAAGAAGGAUACUGACGCUACUGAUGGUGAAGAGGAAAAAGAUGCUGGUAUGAUUGAUGAAUUAUCAUAUGCUGUUCUAGGGAUUGCAUUGGUUACAUUAGGUGAAGACAUCGGUAAGGAAAUGUCUUUACGUCAUUUCGGUCACUUGAUGCAUUACGGUAAUGAACAUAUUCGUCGUAUGGUCCCGUUGGCAAUGGGUCUUGUUUCUGUUUCAGAUCCUCAAAUGAAAGUAUUUGAUACAUUAACACGUUUUUCUCAUGAUCCAGAUUUAGAUGUUUCCAUGAAUUCUAUAUUUGCUAUGGGUCUAUGUGGUGCAGGUACUAACAAUGCAAGAUUGGCACAACUUUUGAGACAAUUGGCCAGUUAUUACUCACGUGAACAAGAUGCUCUAUUUAUAACAAGGUUAGCUCAAGGUUUGUUACAUUUAGGUAAGGGUACGAUGACAUUGGAUGUCUUUAAUGAUGCACACGUUUUAAACAAAGUUACUCUUGCUUCACUACUAACUAUAUUAGUGGGUCUGGUAUCACCAAACUUUAUGUUAAAGCAUCAUCAAUUAUUCUACAUGCUGAACAGCGGUGUAAGACCGAAGUUCAUCCUAACAUUAAAUGAAGAAGGUGAACCAAUCAAGGUUAAUGUCAGAGUGGGUCAAGCUGUGGAGACUGUCGGUCAAGCUGGGAAACCAAAGACAAUAACAGGUUGGAUAACUCAAUCUACACCUGUUCUUUUAAAUCACGGUGAAAGAGCUGAAUUGGAAAAUGAUGAAUAUAUCAGUCUUGCAAAGAAUAUUGAGGGUGUCGUUAUUCUUAAAAAGAACCCAGAUUAUCAUGAAGAGGAGUAA